GGAUUGACGACUUCGGUGGAAACUAGAUCUAUGACUACGUUUACACGUCACCCCUAAUCGGGUUUAAUAACAUCUGCAAUUCCAAGGCUGGCCAAUCACAGUCAUUCCAUUCUUCAGAGAAAUAGCCGUGAUUGGCCAGUUUUACAACUACGGAUGUUAUUAACCUGAUUAAGGGUGCCGUGUAACAGAGCUUACUCACAAUGACUACGUUUACACGUCACCCCUAAUCGGGUUUAGUGCCAGUCUACAAUAGGUGAUUUAAGAUUUAGCCUUUGUUUUAAAACUUUAACGUUGCUUUAAGCCUUAAGCCUUAAAAAUGUUUUUACGCCAAGCCCGUCUACAAUGUGCUUUAAGACUCAAUCUAUGAAUCGUGUUAUCGUGGAGUUGCGUUAUUAUCAAAGUUGCGUUUAUUGAAAUCCAUGUGGCCAUUAAAAUAUGGAUAAUGAAAUAAUAUUAUCUAUUAUUGUUUUAACUCACUUGCGCAAUGCACUUUUGUGUAUGUAUUUUAAAAAAAGGAACCGAAGAAGAUGGUGGGUGAGAAAUAUUAACCGAAAAAGAACAGAGCAAGGAGUAUACAACAAUUUGUUUAGAGAAUUAUAUUUUACGGAUGAAGAACAGUUUUUUGAAUAUACAAGAAUGAACAUAAGACAGUUUGAUUAUUUGUUUUCUUUGGUUGGUCCUUUGCUUCAAAAGAAAAGCUCAAGAGAGCCCUUGCCCUUAAGACUUCGCCUAAUUGUCACUUUGAGUUACCUAGCGUCUGGUGACAACCCCAAGUACUGAUCUAAGUACUACAGGAUUGGUGCUUCUACCAUAUAUAAAGUCAUUCAGGAAACCUGCGAAAGUAUUUGGCAAGCUCUGUCUCCAUUGUUCCUCAAAGCACCUAGCAUAGAAAAGUGGAGUGAAAUAGCAGAGCAUUUUUAUAAUCGAUGGAAUCUGCCUAAUUGUGUCGGUGCUCUGGAUGGAAAUCCGUAUGCAAUGUCCUCCUCAUAGUGGUUCAGAAUAUUUCAACUACAAGAAAUAUUUCAGUUUGGUGUUGAUGGCAUGUUGUGAUGCCAAUUAUUGCUUCACGUGGGUGGAAGUUAGUGAUUAUGGCUCACUCCCAGACAGCAGUAUUUUUGGAAAUUCAGGGCUAGGGACAGCCUUGGAAACAAAAUCUUUAAAUCUCCCUCCACCUAAGAAAUUACCAGGAACAAAUUAUAAAAUGCCUCAUUUCUUUGUGGGAGAUGAGGCGUUUCCUUUGAGACCAGAUUUAAUGCGUCCUUAUUCAAAAAAAGGCAUCAAAAGUAAUACAGAGAGAAUAUUUAAUUACAGGUUGUCUCGUGCCCGGAGGAUAAUUGAAAAUGCUUUUGGCAUUCUUUCAUCGAGAUGGAGAGUUCUUCACACAUGCAUCAGAAUAAAAGUAGAAAAUAUAAAAAAAAUAGUAUUGGCUGCAAUAUGUCUCCAUAACUUUAUGAUGAUGAGAGAGGACCGUGAGACUGAAAGAAGGAUAUAUUGUCCUACAACUUAUAUUGACAACGAAAAUGAUUCAAAUGGGAUAGUGACACUAGGAACAUGGCGGAAUGCAGCUGCAUGUUCGAAUUUAUGCGAUUUUGGUCGUUUAGGUAGCAAUAAUGCAACAAGGACGGCUAUAACUCAAAGAACAACAUUGGCCGAAUGGAUGCUUACAGAUGAAGGACAAGUACCCUGGCAAUUUCAAAUAAUUCUCCAUGAUCAUGAUGUUCACUUUCUUUCUUAGUAAUAUAUAUAUAUGCAUAUAUACACACACAAAACACACAUAUGUAUAUAUAAUGUUGCUUAUGUUUGGUUAUUUUAUUUUGUAUUAAAAUAUAAUUGCUGCUAAUAAAUAUGUCUUAAUAAUAAUUAAAAAAUGUCUUCAAACCAAUACAUUUGCAAAAACUUUUUCAAUAAAAUAGGUAAAACAAGCAUUUCUAUUCA